AUGCUCACAGGGACAGAGUCCUUCCUUACACAGCCACACACACCCACUGUCAUCAACACACACAAAAUUCUCCUUGCAGACGCUGCUUGUGAGCAAGAAGUGACUGCCCGUCAAUGUGUCUUCCUUGACUUCCCAAAUUCUCUCUGUUCUUUGCCUCCUUCCGUCUGCUCACCAGAGACCCAGGAGAGAGUUGGACCUGGUGAGAAGAGAAAGGUGGCUCAGUUCUCACUGCUUCCUGUGUGGACAAGUCCAUUCCCGGCUUCUUCACCUGGAGGAAAAGACAAUGGCCUCUCCAUCUCUAACAUCCUGUGA